UAAAUUACAAAGUAGACCCAAAACCCUGUUUAAACCUUCCCCUUUCUUAUUCCGAGAGACCCAUAGAGCAAUACUCGCCGCUUCUCAGAUGAAAUCCAUUUUCCGCACCAUUUCUCACCGCCGUCAUACCGGCCACCGAACCUUCGCCGAUACGGCGGAAGAUGCCUACAAAUUCGUAAGAGACAGAGGCCUCGACCACGCGGUGGAGAGAGAGAAGAAUCUCAGGCCGCUUCUAAGCAUCAAGGACCUAAUCAGAUCGGAGCCUGCCAAAUCAAUUCCGAUCUCCGUUAUCGCUAGCCAGAAAGACUCCCUGCGAGUUCCCCUCCGUCCGAUCGAGUUCAUCCGAGGCUACACUUCCGCUUUCCAGGAGUUUCUCCCCGGAGGAAUCGGCAUCCAUCCUCACAUCAGCCUCACGCCGGAGAUUCUCAACCUCGACGCCGAAGAGCAAUUGGUUUACGGGAGCGAGUCUUACAAGCAGGGUUUAGCUGAUAGGCUCUUGAAACUGCUGAUGAUCAAUAGGAUCAACAGAAUUCCUCUAGAGAUUCUCGAUUUGUUGAAAUGGGAUCUAGGUUUGCCUCAGGAUUACGUUGAAACCAUGGUACCUGAGUUCCCUGACUAUUUCAGAGUAAUCAAAUCGAGGUCACGAGGAUGUAUAGGGGAAUUGGAACUUGUUUGCUGGAGCAACGAACAUUCUGUAUCUGUGUUGGAGAAGAAAGCUAGAGCAGCAGCGAAAGGAGAUUACUCUAAAGGAUCUCCGAUUGCAUUUCCGAUGAAGUUCUCAAACGGGUUUGUGGUGGACAAGAAGAUGAAGAAAUGGAUCGAUGAAUGGCAGAAGCUGCCGUAUAUUUCUCCCUAUGAGAACGCACUUCAUCUUCCGGCGACCAGCGAUGAGUCUGACAAAUGGGCGGCGGCUGUUUUGCAUGAAAUCUUGAACCUUUUCGUGUCGAAGAAGGUUGAGAAAGAUGCAGUUUUGCAUCUUGGUGAGUUUAUGGGGUUGAGGUCGAGGUUUAAGAGGGUUUUACAUAACCUUCCCGGUAUUUUUUACUUGUCAAGUAAGCUUAGGACUCACACUGUGGUCCUUGUAGAUGCUUACAAGAGGGGAGUGUUGAUAGAGAGCAAUCAGUUGGCGACAAGCCGUAACCGUUACAUGAAACUCAUGAGUAAGGUUAAGAAAGCGAACAAUGCAGUGUCUAGCAGAAAGAGAGAAGACAAGGGGAAGGUAGAAGGAGAAGUCUGUGACACCGAUGCAAAAGCUGAGGAUGAUGAUGACAGUGACAUUUCUGGUUCUGAAGUCGAGGAUGAGGGUGUAGAAGAUGUUGUUGAUGAUGAUGAAGUGGAUCAAAACCAGAGUCGUAAGCGUGGUAGUAGAGAUUCAAGUCCAAGAGCAGGCAGGAGGAGUUUCGGGAAUUCAGGUUCACAGGAGAAGCCACAUUCAAGGUCGAGAGCAGGUAGGAGGAGUUUUGGGAAAUCAGGUUCACCGGAGAAGCCACGGUCAGGGCGCAACAAGGUCAACUUAACGACCGAGAAGAGGACUCAGAUAGCCUCGAGAAUUAUGUACUUGGUGAAAUGGACAAGUUCAGAAGAGUUAUGACGAGAUGUGAAACAGAACAGAGAAAGAAACCUGGAUCAAUUGAAGAUUAGGCAGUAUCACUAUGUCAGAACUCAGAAUCUGUCUUAUGGUAAACUAACCACUGGAUAGUCAAAUUGACUUAAGCUGUUGUGUAAGAAAUUAGAAAUUUUUGAGGUUUUAUGGGUAGAGUUUGUCAUCUAUCUUUAUCUAUUUUGUUUCUGCAACAUUUUGGUGGUAUUGGCAUAAAGUAAUAAAGUACCUUGGCUGCCA